AUGAGGAGCUUUACCAGGAGCACGGCCGACGAGGGGGGCGCCAGUGUCGAUAAUGCUUCGUUCGAAAAGGGCCUCAGCAUCUUCAGUAAAACCGGCAUCUUGGCCCCUUUGCGCAAGACUGGGACAUCGGCGACAACGGUGACCAGGACUAUCAAGGCAUCAACACAACAGCUGUAUCGGAGAUACGUCCUCGAGCUCAUAUUUCAAGAAAAGGAACUGCCGCCUUCAAAAGACGGCCGACAUAUCCCAUUACGACCCCAUCAUGACAAACCCCUGAUCGACGAACGGCGAGGGAGCGCAUAUAUUCCAAACACGAUUCGGACAUCCCGCUACACCGUCUACGAUUUCCUCCCGAAGCAGUUAUUCUUCCAGUUCUCGCGCCUGGCCAACUUCUACUUCCUUUGCGUCGGUAUUCCUCAAACCAUUCCGGGCGUCAGUACAACCGGAAACUUCACAACCAUCAUUCCCCUAUUGUUCUUUGUAUUUCUUACUGUUGUCAAGGAGGGAUACGAUGACUGGAAACGCCAUCGACUCGACAAGGUGGAAAAUGCAAGAAGCGCGACCGUCCUCCGGCCCACAGGCCACGUUGACAGCCGACAGGACUGGCGGACUGGGUUUGGAUUACGAAGAACAAAGGAUACUCAAACAGUGGCGGUUGAAGAGGUUAUCCCCGACUCGGAUUAUCAAUGGCAUGCCACGCAAUGGAAGGAUUUGAAAGUCGGCGAUGUCAUCAAGCUCUCCCGCGACGAGGAUGUUCCCGCAGAUAUCGUGCUGCUGUACGCCGACGGCGAGAAUUCCAUGGCCUACAUCGAGACAAUGGCCCUGGACGGAGAGACGAAUCUGAAGAACAAGCAGGUAUCCAAGGCGCUGCAGCGUUGCAACACUAUACAAGGUAUUGCCAAUUGUCGGGCCGAGUUCGUGGUGGAGGAUCCCAAUCCGGAUCUCUAUCGAUUUGACGGAAGAGUAACCGUGGACGGUGAAACGUUGCCUUUGACUUUGAAUGAAGUGGUGUACAGAGGCUGCACGCUACGCAACACAACAUGCGCGAUCGGUAUGGUCAUCAAUACAGGAGAAGAGUGCAAACUCCGACGAAACGCCAACCGGCACCCCAAAGCAAAGAAGCCGGCCAUGGAGAAAAUUGCCAACAGGAUUGUCAUCAGCCUUGUUGUUGUGGUCAUCUCCCUUUCCGUCGGUUGCUCCAUGGGCUAUUUGAUCUGGAAAAAUGCGUAUGAGCGCAAGGCAUGGUACUUGAAGCACCUGGGAGUCGACUUUGAGGAUAUUAUUAUCGGAUUUUUCAUCCAGUUCAACAAUAUCAUUCCUUUGGCGCUAUACGUUAGCUUGGAGAUUGUCAAAAUUGGGCAGAUGUUAAUGCUCAAUUCCGACCUGGAGAUGUACGACAAAGUAUCUGACACGCCAGCCAAGUGCAACACCAACACCAUUCUCGAGAAUUUAGGGCAGAUCGGUUACGUCUUUUCGGACAAGACAGGGACUUUGACUGAGAAUGUCAUGAAGUUCCGAAAGAUGAGCAUCGCCGGAACGACAUGGUUGCAUGAGAUGGAUAUUGUGAAGGAGCAGGAAGAACAAGGGCUCACCCAAACGAAAACGAAGGGCAAAGAGCUCAACGUUAUGUUGGAACCGACCUGCGAAAACGGCAACGCAUUGACAAAGACAACAACCGCUGUGUCAGUCCGCUCACCGAGCCCGCGCCGGUCAUCUUCACAAUGGCGGUCGACUGGUCGGCCUGACCAUGUCCAGCCAGAGGUCACGACUGAGGAUCUACUUGAGUACAUAAGGCUGCGCCCAAAGGCUCCGUUCUCGAGGAGGGCAGUUCAGUAUCUUCUUGCUAUGGCCCUCUGCCACACCUGCUUGCCAGAAAUCAGAGACGGGGAGAUUGAGUUCCAGGCCGCUUCACCCGAUGAGCUUGCUCUUGUCAAAGCCGCUCAAGAGCUUGGGUUUCUCGUGGUUCAACGGUCCUCCCAGUCCGUCACGCUCCGUAUAUCGCGCGGUGAUGGCACUGAAUUGGAGCGCACCUACCAAAUCCUCGACGUGAUAGAGUUCAGCAGCAAGCGAAAGCGCAUGUCCAUUAUCGUGCGAUGUCCCGAUGAAAGGAUAUGGCUGAUAACAAAGGGCGCCGACUCCGUCAUUCUUCCAAGGCUGAGGAUGGCACAGUUGGCAAUACAAAAGGCUAACGAGGUCCGCAAGAGCUUGGAGGUUGAGCAUGAAAUGCAACGCAGGAGUGAGGCUCGAGAACCACAAAAUCGCCUCAGGCCCCAGGUUACCGUUCGCACAGCAUCCUAUGAUGUGCCUUAUGAGGACGCUGUUGCGGCGUCAGUGUCAGACAAGUUUGCAUUCCUUGACAAUCCUUCCGUGUGCGAUGAGGGUGCUAUCUUCACUCGAUGCUUCAAGCACAUUGAUGAUUUUGCAACCGAGGGCCUCCGAACACUUCUAUUCGCUCAACGGUUCUUGUCCGAGUCUGAGUACAACACAUGGAAGAAGCUUUACCGCGACGCAGAGACGAGUCUUGUCGAUCGUCAAGAGCGCAUCGAAGCGGCCGGUGAAUUGAUCGAACAGACCCUGGACCUCAUCGGUGCCACGGCAAUCGAAGACAAACUCCAGAAGGGUGUCCCAGAGACAAUUGAGCGUCUCCGACGAGCUAACAUCAAAAUAUGGAUGCUCACUGGCGACAAGCGUGAAACGGCCAUCAACAUCGCCCACUCGGCUCGGCUUUGUCGUCCUACUUCCGACAUAUAUAUCCUCGACGCCACCAAAGGAAACUUGGAAGGUCAAAUCAUGGACAUUGUCGACGAGCUAAACAUCCGGGCCGAAACCAUGCCUACUGCGAUUCCCAACCACACCGUAGUAGUGAUCGACGGUCACACUUUGGCGGCUUUGGAAGAACCGGCAACACACGGGAAUGCCAAAGAACUCUUUUACAGCCUCAUCCCGACGAUUGACUCGGUUAUCUGCUGUCGUGCCUCCCCCGCCCAGAAAGCCUUGCUCGUUACCGCCAUCCGUAACCACUCCCAUCAACCGAGCACCAUCAAAAAGAAGGGCUUCCUCGCCUAUCUGAUCACACCUAAACGAACACCACCACUUACUCUCGCCAUCGGCGAUGGUGCCAAUGAUCUGGCGAUGCUCUCAGCUGCCCACGUCGGCGUAGGCAUCUCGGGCCGGGAAGGUCUGCAAGCCGCGCGAGUUGCUGAUUACGCCGUGUCACAGUUCCGCUUCCUCUCCCGCCUCCUGUUAGUACACGGGAGAUGGAAUUACGCUCGCACAUCCAAGUUCAUUGUUGCCACGUUCUGGAAGGAGAUGUUCUUCUAUCUCCCUACCGAGCUGUAUCAGCGCUACACUGGAUAUACAGGUACCAGUCUUUACGAAUCGUGGAGUUUGACGGUGCUGAACACGCUUUUCACCAGUUUGUGCGUGAUCGUCCCCGGAGUGUGGGAACAGGACCUGAGCGCAGAAACGCUAAUGGCCGUGCCAGAACUGUAUGUCUGGGGCCAGAGGGACGGUGGCUUGAAUCUGCGGAAGUAUCUGGGAUGGAUGAUGGCGGCUGUUGCACAGGGUGUGGUGGUCUGGUGGGUGUGUUGGGGUCUCUACGGUGGGAUUGCGGUGAAGGAUAAUGGUCUGUUUGCUGUGGGCAAUUUGGUCUUUACCGUCGCAAUUGUCUGGACCAACUUGAAAUUGCUCAUCAUUGACACGCACCACAAGACCGGCAUAAUCCUUGGCGCAUUCGGUAUUACCUUUGCAGGCUGGUGGAUCUGGCAGAUCUUCCUCGCCAGCGCCUACGCCCCGGGUGUCUGGCCUUACGCAGUCCGCGGUGGAUUCUUUUCCUCGUUCGGCCCUGAUCCAGCCUGGUGGGUUGCUCUCUUUGCGGCCGUCGGCCUGCUCACCGCUGUCGAACUCGGCUACAAAUCUACCAAGCGGAAUAUGAUUAUAUCCGGACUAUGGAGGCUGGGAUGGAGGAAAUGGAUGCAGUGGGAGACAUGGAAGGGACUCCUUGCACUCGGGAGGGGAGGAGGAGCGAGGGGAGCAGGGCCCAUGUGGGCUUGGGAUGAAGCAGGUGGUGAGGGUAGGAACGUAGAGGAGUGGGAUGUGGAACUUUGGCAGGCUCUGGAGCGGGAGCAAACCGUUAGAGAGGCCUUGAAGGGGAUGGCUAGGGUUGGGCAUGAGGGCGAUGGGCCUGAACCUGAGGAGAUAUCGAAGGAAGAGGAGGAUGAUGAGAAGAACAGGGUUGAGGAGACUUCGACGAUGGACAGCGAGGGACAGCAUGGGUCGGCAGUGGUGGAGAGUCUUCAGAUCUCGAAAUAG